AAAAGAAUUGUUUAGUGGGUGAACUUGUACAAGCAUCUAUGCUAAUUUAAACAGUUUAAAACAUGUAGAAGUUUUUGGAUUUUUCGUAAAUUUAGAAUUUAAUUUUUUAAAAUUUUAAAUUUUAAAAUUUGAAUUUCUUUCCCAAACCCCAUUGCCACAAUGGACCCAAAAGCCGUGAAAACUGACUUAGUCCUCAUCCUGGACUUCGGUUCGCAAUACACCCAUCUCAUCACUCGCCGCUUUCGCUCUCUCUCCGUCUUCUCACUCUGUAUCUCCGGCACUUCCCCACUUUCCACCAUCACUUCCCUCAACCCCAAAGUCGUUAUCCUUUCCGGGGGACCUCACUCGGUCCAUGCCGAUAAUUCUCCUUCAUUUGCUGAUGGGUUCGUUGAGUGGGCUCAGUCCAAUGGUGUUUUUGUUCUGGGUAUCUGUUACGGACUUCACUUGCUUGUUCAGAGACUUGGUGGUGAAGUUAGGGUUGGGGAGAAGCAAGAGUAUGGGAGGAUGGAGAUUGAGGUUGAGAAAAGUUGUGGUAUUUUUGGGGGAAAGGUUGGGGAUAGACAGGUUGUUUGGAUGAGUCAUGGGGAUGAGGCUGCUACUUUGCCUAAUGGGUUUGAAGUGGUGGCUAGGAGUCAGCAAGUGGCCGUCGCUGCCGUUGAGGAUAAGUAUAGGAGGUUUUUUGGGUUGCAGUAUCAUCCUGAGGUCACACAUUCCCCAGAAGGGAUGGAAACGCUGAGGUCUUUCUUGUUUGAAGUUUGUGGAGUGAAUGCUGGCUGGAAAAUGGAAGAUGUAAUGGAUGAAGAAAUUAAGGUGAUUAACAACAUGGUGGGGCCCGAUGAUCAUGUUAUCUGUGCUUUAUCUGGAGGUGUUGAUUCCACGGUUGCCGCAACUCUAGUUCACAAGGCAAUUGGAGACAGGCUUCAUUGUGUUUUUGUUGACAAUGGUUUAUUAAGGUAUAAGGAGAGAGAACGCGUGAUGGAGACCUUUGAAAGGGAUUUACAUCUGCCUGUUACUUGUGUUGAUGCAACUGAGCAAUUUCUUAGUAAGCUAAAAGGGGUUGUAGACCCUGAGCUGAAAAGGAAGAUAAUUGGGAAAGAAUUUAUCUGUGUGUUUGAUGCUUUUGCUAAAGAAUUGGAGAAUAACUUAGGAAAGAAACCUGUUUUCUUUGUUGAAGGAACCUUGUAUCCAGAUGUGAUUGAAUCUUGUCCCCCACCAGGAACUGGAAGAACUCACUCUCACACAAUCAAAAGUCAUCAUAAUGUUGGAGGUCUUCCUAAAGACAUGAAAUUAAAACUCAUUGAGCCGCUUAAACUUCUUUUCAAGGAUGAGGUUCGUCAACUUGGGAGGAUAUUGACAGUUCCUUAUUCAUUUUUAAAGCGCCAUCCAUUUCCUGGGCCUGGCCUUGCUGUACGAGUCUUGGGUGAUGUAACUGAGGACAAUGCCUUAGAUACUCUACGUCAGGUGGUUGAAAUUUUUAUUCAGUUAAUUAAAGAUGCUGGUAUUUAUGACUCCAUUUGGCAAGCUUUUGCUGUAUUUUUGCCUGUAAAAUCAGUUGGAGUUCAAGGUGAUCAAAGAACACACUCUCAUGUUGUUGCUCUCCGGGAUGUUACAAGUCAAGAUGGAAUGACAGCAGAUUGAUACGUUUUCAUUGCUCUGCAUUGCUUUGCUCUCCAUGAUUGGUGCAAUAUUUAUGUGCCCCACCUGAGCCAGUUGUAUACAGUAACAAGCAUAUGCUCAAAUGUGUCUGUAACUUCGGGCUGAGUUUAUAAUAUGACUAUAUGCAAGAAGGAUUAAUAACCAGAUCUUUAUGGUUCUCAUGACUGGUUGUACUUAAAGCAGUUUAAGCUGGAAAUCUUGGGAAGAAGAUUGUUAGUGUUCUACAGUAUUGAUUCUAAUAUGUAGUAGAUUCAAUCCAAUUCUAGUGGUGGCCGAAUAAAAUGUGACAACUUCCUACUUUAAUGAAUAUGGAAGUCUCUCCAUUAUGCAUUCUACGUUAUAAGUUUCUCAAUAUUUAUUAAAAAUCACAUUUUCCUUUGUCUUCUUGAUUGUGGUGCGGCUAAAACCAAAGAAUUUAACUUUCGAUCCCUUUUCCCACCUCUUAACUCCAAAAUUCCGAAGUUCUCAUUUUCCUCUUGCAAUUUUGGAAUGCCAGGUACUAUUUUGAACGUGAGUUCCUUGAUGAUGUUGUCCAAAAAAUUUGCAACAAUGUUCGUGGUGUGAAUCGUGUUGCUUUAGACAUUACAUCAAAGCCCCCAUCAACAAUUGAAUGGGAGUGAUGCCAUGUUGGAUGUCAGAAACAACUCCAUAGCUGUUAGAGUGAAGGUGAUAUAUUCAUUGAGUCUUUACUCCCCGUUCUUGGUGACAAGAGAGAAAGCCGUGUUUAGCAGGAUCUCUUAAUACAAGUUACUGGAUAUGUAAAGUCUAUACCAUAUGCUAUUUCUGCACUGCCUAUUUCUCACAACCAAAUUGUUGUCAACAGUUGGUGUAAAAUAUUUCUAUUAGAAAAUUCUCACUAUUUAACAUAUUUUUUCUGUGAAAAAUUUUCACUUUUAAACAUCAUAA